GGGGAGAGCAGGGUUACAGUUCUAACCAAAGAAACCAAACUGAUCUACAUGUGCUUCGCUAUCCUUUGGAAGAAUGACAGAUGACAAAGAUGUACUUCGAGAUGUGUGGUUUGGACGAAUACCGGCCUGUUUCACUCUGUAUCAGGAUGAGAUGACUGAAAGGGAAGCUGAACCUUACUAUUUGCUUUUGCCAAGGAUAAGCUACUUGACACUGGUGACAGACAAAGUAAAGAAACACUUUCAGAAAGUUAUGAGACAAGAGGAAGUUAGUGAAAUAUGGUUUGAAUAUGAAGGUACACCACUGAAAUGGCAUUACCCAAUUGGUUUGCUGUUUGAUCUCCAUGCAUCAAAUACAGCCCUUCCUUGGAGCAUCACAGUGCAUUUCAAGAAUUUUCCAGAAAAGGAUCUUCUACACUGCCAUUCUAAGGAUGUGAUUGAAGCUCAUUUUAUGGCUUGUAUAAAAGAAGCAGAUGCUUUAAAGCACAAAAGUCAAGUCAUCAAUGAGAUGCAAAAAAAGGAUCAUAAACAACUGUGGAUGGGAUUACAGAAUGAUAAAUUUGAGCAGUUUUGGGCAAUAAAUCGAAAACUUAUGGAGUAUCCUCCAGAAGAUAGUGGAUUUCGGUACAUCCCAUUUAGAAUUUAUCAGGCAACAACAGAGAGACCUUUUAUACAGAAGCUAUUUCGACCAAUUGCUUCAGGAGGACAGUUGCAUACUUUGGGAGAUCUGCUAAAAGAUGUGUGUCCUAGUGCUAUUGCUCCUGAAGUACUUGUUAAUAUGUGGAAACAAUUUCCAAAAAUAGCAAAAGAUAAGAAAAAAUAUGGAAUGUUACUAGCCACGUGUCCAUUUUUCCUAAAGUUACCAUAA